AUGCACUCACUCGGAGCUCUAGGUGCGCUGCUGCACGCAUCUUUCCUUGUGUUACUGGUUCAGGGGAUUCAUAAGACGAGAGAUAACGCGUACAAGAGGUCGUUGCAUCGUUUUCCCGCGGUGGACCGCACAACUGGAUUUCACCUGCCGAUCUAUAUGGUUCACCUCUACCGGAAUUUCAGAUCCAAUUUAUCUCGACCCAUGGAUACUAUGGAGCAGACAGCAGUUAAGCAGGCGGAUACUGUGAAGAGUGUGAUGGCGAAAAAUGUGACCUACAGACAUAGACGCUGGAUGGCGACCUUUAACCUCCACACGCUGGUGGCCGAGAAGCAGAUCCAGGCGGCCGAGCUGCGGAUCAGACUCCCGCGCUCCGAGAGCGUGACCAACAUCUCCGUGGACAUCUACCACCAGCAGGACUGGCCCUGCCAGCCGGGCCGGGCCUGCCACCGGCCCCAGCUGGUGGGCUCGCUCACGGCGGCGGCGGUGAUCAGCUCGUCCCAGAGCUGGAAGGUGUUCAACGUGACCGCCCCCUUGCUGCGGUGGCUCCAGGAGAACCAGCCGUCCAGGGGCCGACGCAAAGGUGGCCCCGCCAAGAAGUGGAGGAAGAGGAAAGCGGAGACGAGGGGAGGCCCGCCGUCGGCUCCUCUGCCUCCCAACCCCGCCCCCCCCGGGGGCCCCAAGAGGGAGCUGGGGAUGAGCGACCGCGCCCUUCUGGUGGUCUUCUCCCACACGGGCCUGGACGAGGACUCCAAGGCCAAGGCCAGCCUCCUGCACACGGCCGAGCAGUCCAGGUUCUGGUCCCCCGCCGAGAACAGGAAGGCCGAGGGCCGCAAGAGGAAGCGCAGCAAGCGGGGUCAGAGGGAGCACGUGGCCAGGGCCCCCCCGGGGUCCAGCAGGGCGGGCGGGGACAAGUCGCUCUGUCGAAGGGUCGACCUGCAAGUGGACUUCAACCAAAUCGGCUGGGGCUCGUGGAUCAUCUUCCCCAAGAGAUAUAACGCGUACCGGUGCGAGGGGGACUGUCCCAGCCCUCUGGGGGAGGACCUGAACCCCACCAACCACGCGUACAUGCAGAGUCUACUGAAACACUUCCAUCCAGACCGCGUGGUUUCGCCCUGCUGCGCUCCGACCAAGAUGAGCCCUCUCAGUAUGCUCUACUACGAGAACGGAGAGAUGCUCCUCAGACACCACGAAGACAUGAUUGUGGACGAGUGUGGCUGUCAAUAA